ACUGCUCUUGUUGGUCGUUGGUCGGGUCAAGUGCAGCAGGAACCUGUUACAAAGAAAGUCAGUAAUGGAAACAAUGAAUUCCCGGGAUUUGGAAAUAUCUUCAAUAGAGCGUCCCCAAUAAACACAGGAAAGAAUGAAUCUCAUGACAUGUUGGAUAUCUUCAGCAAAAUAACUCAAGGAAACCAAGGCAGCAACCGUACAAUGCAUGAAGGUGACAUGAUGCAGAAGAAGGGCCGCAGUGCUGUCAACUGUACAGAGUGCCUCUGGCCUAAGUCUUCUCUUGGAACCGUCAAUGUGCCUUAUGUCCUUUCACCUGCCUAUAACUCUCAAUACCAAGCUUUGUUUUUAAGGGCAAUGCAGGAAUUCGAGACCUUGACCUGUGUUCGGUUCAUUCCAAGGACAACACAGACAGAUUAUAUAAACAUUGUAUCCACACUGGGUUGUGCAUCGUACAUUGGAAAAAUAGGAGGUGUUCAGAAUUUGUAUUUAUCAGCGGAUUUCUGCAUGUUAAGAGGUAUCAUACAACACGAGUUAACCCAUUCUCUUGGAUUUGUACAUGAAACCUCUCGGAGUGACCGUGAUAACUAUGUUGACAUUAUAACCAAGAACAUUGCACCAGAAUAUCUGUCAAAUUUCCAAAAGUAUUCUACCAACAACCUGGGCCUGGAAUAUGACUAUGCCUCAUUGAUGCAUUUCCCCAGAGAUGCAUUCAGCAUUCUUCCUGGACAAGCUACCAUUGUACCAAAACCUAACCCAAAUAUGCCUAUAGGACAACUAUAUGGACUGAGCGUUCUUGAUGUGUCAAAAAUUAACAAGCUAUAUAAUUGUAAUCAAUGUGCUAAUUUGCUUAAUAAUUUGAAUGGGACUUUCACAUCAGCCAACUACCCUUCAGUAUACCCUAAUAAUGCCAAUUGUGUCUGGCUGAUCAGAACCCCAGUUGGACAGGUGGCUCUUCAGUUUGCAGCCUUUGAUGUCCAAUAUUCAAGUACAUGUGCUUAUGACUACUUGAGAAUUUAUGAUGGUCCCAGUAGAUCGUCACCAGUCUUACUGGAUAGAACUUGUGGAACAGGACUGGUUCCUCUAAUGGUGUCUUCAACCAAUCAGAUGCUGGUGGAGUUUGUCAGUGAUAAAGCUACUGCUGGGAUUGGAUUUAAAGCAACAUACACUGCUAUACAAUGUGGAGGAGCCUAUUAUGCUGCAACAAAGACAUUUUCCUCUCCCGGCUAUCCUGUCACCUAUUACUCAUACCUAGACUGUGGCUGGAUAAUCACAGCUCCUACCGGAUACAAGAUUACUCUUACUAUAAGAGACUUUGCCAUUGAAACUGAACCCUCGUGUGCCUAUGACUACCUGGCAGUGUUUGAUGGACCCUACAUCACUUCUCCACUUAUAGGGAAAUAUUGUUCUGUAAUCCCUCCUCCGCUGGUGUCUACGGGUAGUUACAUGCUGAUCAGAUUCCACAGCGACAGUAGUGUUCAGAUGAGGGGUUUUCAGGCCACAUACACUGUCUCGCCAAAAUAGAAGGUAAAGAUGGAAAGCCCAAAAAUACCGCCAUUAAACCAUUCAAAAAAUGAAGGACAUCAUUUCGGUUUUCAAGAAUAAAUAAGUAACAUCAAACUCAAUGUGAUACCGGAGGUGGCGUCCCGACCACUGACACCGAAACUAUAAAAUCAAGUUACGAUACAAGUUAUGUAUAAAAUGUAUGAUAUUCACAAUGACACCUAAUUCCACAGCUAUGCUUUUUUUUUUUUUAAAGGGUGACUCUGAUCUUUGAAACUUAUCUGUCAAUAAUAGAAGA